CAUUUCCUUGCUAGUGCUUAUUAGAACGCAUUCCUGAGAAUAAAAACUACAACCCAGAAAACAGGUUCACAAGUCCUUCAUACAAACCAGACUUCUUAGUUCUUAUAAAAAAGAAAUCAUUGAAAAAGAGAGAAGAAAAGAUUGAAGUUAGAUGGCAGAAAGUCCAGUGUCCUUUCUAUUGGACAAGCUGACUACUUUACUUCAAGAAGAAGUGAAUCUCCAGAGAGGGGUGAGUGAUGAUAUUCGGCAUAUUAAAGGCGAACUGGAACGGCACAAGGCCAUCUUAAGGGUGGCUGAUGCACUUGAAGACAAAGACCAUGAACUCCAAGAAUGGAUCAAAAGAGUUAGAGAGAUUGCCUAUGAAAUGGAAGAUGCUAUAGAUGAGUUCAAUGUUCGCCUUGUUGAUCAACAUAUGCAUGGCAGCAAUUCUUCUCUUACUCACAAGAUUGUUUUCACAUGGAAAACCUUGAAAGCUCGGCGCCAGAUCGGUUCACACAUACAAGAGAUCAAAUCCAGAUUGGAUGUUAUCUCCAUGGAGCGUCCCAGCAUGUAUGGGAUAGGCUCAAGGUCUAGUCAGAGGCUAUCGUCAAGGCUUGAUAGCCAAGGCGACGCGCUUCUGCUAGAGGAAGCUGAUCUUGUAGGAAUUGACACACCCAAGAAGCAGCUAAGUGAUUUGCUUUUCAAAGAUGAACCAAAUAGGGAUGUGAUUGCCAUUUAUGGAAUGGGAGGGUUGGGGAAAACUACAUUGGCAAAGCAAGUCUAUGAUGACCCAAAAGUGAAGAAGCGUUUCAGGAUUCAUGCUUGGGUUAUUGUUUCUCAAUCUUUCAAGUUAGAAGAGCUCCUGAGAGACCUGGUUCAACAGCUCUACAAUGUGAUUGGCAAACCAGCCCCUGAAGCAGUUGGACAAAUGAGAAGUGACAAGCUCAAAGAGGUGAUCAAGAAUUUGCUUCAGAGAAGCAGGUACCUGAUUGUGCUGGAUGAUGUAUGGCAUGUAAAUGUCUGGGAUUCUGUGAAAUAUGCUCUCCCCAACAAUAGCCGAGGCAGCAGAGUAAUGCUUACCACGCGCAAGCGAAACGUGGCUAUGUCUUCGUGUGCUGAGUUUGGUAAGGUAUAUAACCUUGAAUUCUUGUCUGAGCAUGAAGCUUGGUCACUUUUUUGUAGGAAGACAUUUCAGGGGAACUCAUGCCCUUCUCACUUGGAACAAGUUUGCUGGAAUAUCUUGAAACUGUGUGGGGGUCUGCCACUAGCAAUUGUAGCAAUCAGUGGUGCUUUGGCCACAAGGGAUAAGACAAACAUUGAAGAAUGGCAAAUGGUUUGCAGAAGUUUUGGGGCUGAAAUGGAAGGCAAUGACAAGCUGGAGGACAUGAAGAAAGUGCUUUCCCUGAGCUUCAAUGAGUUACCUUACUACCUAAAAUCCUGUUUGUUGUACUUAAGCAUCUUCCCAGAAUUUCAUGCCAUAGAGCAUAUGAGAUUGAUUCGUUUGUGGAUAGCCGAAGGGUUCGUGGUUGGAGAAGAUGGAAAGACACUGGAGGAAGUUGCAGACAGUUACCUCAAAGAGCUCUUGAACAGAAGUCUGCUACAAGUAGUACAGAAAACCAGUGAUGGCAGGAUGAAGACGUGUCGCAUGCACGACCUCAUUAGGGAGAUUGUCACUUUGAAAUCAAAGAAUCAGAACUUUGCAACCAUAGCAAAAGAACCAGACAUAACCUGGCCAGACAAAGUUCGACGCCUAUCAGUCAUAAACACAAUGAAUAACAUUCAGCAAAACAAGACAUUCCAACUUAGAUCUCUGCUAAUGUUUGCCUUAUCAGAUGCUAACCAUGAUUUUUCUCUACAUGCAGUAUGUUCCACUGGUUAUAGGUUACUUAGAGUGUUAGAUUUGCAGGAUUCUCCAUUGCAGGUUUUUCCUGCUCAAGUUGUCAAUCUUUACCUUCUAAAGUUCCUGAGUUUGAAGAAUACAAAGGUGAAAAGCAUUCCAGCCUCCAUUAAGAAGCUGCAACACCUUGAGACAUUGGACCUUAAACACUCCAAUGUCACAGAAUUACCUGUUGAAAUUGUGGAGCUGCAGCGAUUGCGCCAUCUCUUGGUGUACCGGUAUGAGAUUGAAUCCUAUGCUUACUUCCAUUCAAAGUAUGGCUUCAAGGUGUCUGCCCCAAUAGGAAAGAUGCAAUCUUUGCAAAAGCUAUGUUUCAUAGAGGUAGAUCAAGGAAGUAAGGCCUUGAUGAUUGAGCUUGGAAAACUUACACAACUUAGGAGGCUAGGCAUAAGGAAGAUGAGGCGAGAAGAUGGGGCUGCUUUGUGCUUUUCCAUUGAGAAGAUGAUCAAUCUCCGGUCAUUGUCCAUAACUGCAAUCAAUGAAGAUGAGAUCAUUGACAUUCACUGCAUUUCCAAGCCUCCUCAGUAUCUCCGGCAACUCUACUUGAGUGGACGUUUAGAGAAGUUCCCACAAUGGAUUCAAUCUCUCAAGAAUUUGGCCAAAGUGCAUCUAAAAUGGAGCCGGCUAAAGGAGGAUCCUCUGGUAUAUCUUCAAGACUUGCCAAAUCUAAGGCAUCUUGAGUUUCUUCAGGUUUAUGUUGGAGACAAAUUGCAUUUCAGGGCUGACAAGUUCCAAAAUCUAAAAGUUUUAGGCCUUGAUGAAAUAGAUGGACUGAAAUCUAUGAUAAUGGAGGAGGGAGCAAUGCCUGGACUUAAGAAGCUGAUCAUCCAGCGCUGCGGCGCAUUGAGGCAGGUACCAUUAGGCAUUGAACACCUAAGUAAACUAAAGUCAAUCGAGUUUUUCGACAUGCCUGAAGAAUUGAUUUCAGCACUGCGUCCAAAUGGAGGGAAAGAUAAUUGGAGAGUACAACAUGUUCCAGUUGUAUACUCCACAUAUUGGAGGGAUGGUGGUUGGGAUGUCUAUUCUUUAGACACUUUUGGGGAGAGAGAGACUGAUUCUAGUGCUGUAAUGAGAAGUCUAGAGCUUCCUACUCUUUGGAAGGUUUAGCAUUCAUUCACUAUUCAAACUUCAAACUUCUGUUUUCCAUCAGAUUGCAUAUGUCAGUCAUGGCAACUUUUUUAUUUUUUUGCCAUCAGAUUGUAUGCAUAUUUUGCUUCUUGAAUUCAGAGGUUGAUGAAUAAAAUUGUUUUAACA